AUGCCUCCAACUCCACUCCUGACGGCCGAACCUGAGACGAUGCAAGCUGUUGGAGGGCUACAGGUUCAAACUGGCCUUCCGCUUACCCCACCGGGCUCCAGCAUUGUUGCUUGUGGUCAAUCGAAUGAUGAACAGCAUGAGACAAAGCUCCAGAAAUGGUGGGAUCAUGCCAUCGCCAAACACAUGGAUCUUCCAGACGGAUAUCGCGAUGUCCAUGUGUUGAUGGUCAAAUGGGAGGACAGUAUAGACCAACUGAACGUACGGCCAGAGGUCGAUGCCCUUGCGAGCAUCUUCAAAGACGUAUUCCUAUUCGAUGUGAGGGAAGUUCAACUGGGACCCAAGAAAUCGCAGCAUCAACUUGACAAGGAGAUCGCUUCGUGGGUUUUCGACAAAGACAGCGUGGAUGGCCUGCUCAUAGUUUACUAUGCAGGCCAUGGUGUCUACGACGAAAAGACAAAGGCUUUGGAAAUCUGUCCUGACAACCUGGGCACCUACCAAAACGUGAGUUGGACACGGUCCGAAAAGCCAUUCAUUGAGACUGUCCAAGCCGACGUGUUUCUCAUCAUGGACUGCUGCUAUGCAAGCGAUAUGCUGCGCAACGUCGCCGAAGUAGGGCGUACCUUUGAAAUGCUAGCCGCCUCACACAUUGGCCAGACGACAUGUCAGCCGGGCCCCAACUCAUUUACCAAUUCCCUUAUCAAGCACUUGAAAGAGCUGGCUGGUGAGUUAACGCGACCUUAUUUCACCACACUCGAUAUACACCAGAGGAUGCAGAGAGAACGAGAUGAACCACCCGCCUUUUGGCGACGUCUAUCAGGAAGCGAUCGCCACAUUCGGUUACGCAAACUCAAACCAAAGCACGAGCGCCCUGCCGAAGAUGAAACCGAUAGACUGCAAUACUCACGAUUCCUGCAUCUGGGCUUCGCGCUCAAGAGCGAGGAGUUCGACAAGUCCCACAUCGAGAUAUUGACAAGGAAACUGCCAAAACUAUUUGAGCGGGCCAAGAUCCCAGUGGUUGACAUUAGGUGGCUGGGCUGCCGAAAGGUGAGUAGCUCGCGGUUGAGGGAAGUCGUGGAAAUGUACAUGGUGAAGAGUCGUGGAGAUCUUUCUGCAGUUUCGCCAACGACGGGACGGAAGAGGGCUGCUGAUGAGGCGGAUCUUGGGCCGGGAGGUAGGACCAGUCAUAAGCGCGGUCGUGUCAGCCUUGUGCAGGAUUCGAGUGUGGAUGCUGAAGAGUGA